AUGGCCGGAGCGGCUAGUUACAUCACUGGCCAACGCGCGGGGCAGCCGACUGCUCUUCCAUUCGCGUCGCGCGUCGACGGCAUCACCACACCGCCACCCCUCAACACCAUGGUCAUUCGCACCAUUCACGAUCUGAACGCCCGACAACAGAUCGUGCUGCCGACUCUGCCUAAACCCUCUACUGACACGGAGCGCUUUUCUCUCGCAGAUGCUGGCCAUCUGAAGCUAAAGCUACAAGCUCUCGAUCGCGCCAUAUCGAGCAUACGGCCAGAUAGUCCUAGCGAAGAUGAUAUUACCAAUAUUGACGAUGCCUGUCAAACAAACCCAUCUGGAGGAUCUGUCUACGUCGCUGGCUCGGAGAGGUUCUACCUCGUAGUAAAAGGCCUCACGGGGCCGCGCGCCACUGCCGAUGCUUAUGCUGAAGCAUACAAGAACGUCCUGCAAGGCAGGCCCUAUGCUAAUAAGUACAAGCUAUCCGGAUGGGCGGGGCCACCACCCAUAUUCUCAGAGAUACGUCCCCUACUGCGAGAUAUUGACAUUGCCUGCGAAACCAACCUCGAAAGCGCCUUUGCCAUACUUGAGGAAAGAGCCAAACCCUUUCCCUUCCUCCGACUUCCCGCUGAGCUCCGCCUCCACACGUACUCGUUCCUUCUUCCCCCGGGGCCUCGCAUCGUCAUUGACCCUUCACGUCAACACAUCACGCGUCCACGCCUCAACAUCAUGCGAACCAACAGGCAGAUACACAAUGAAGUGAGGAAGCUCUUCUACGGGAGCCGAAGAAUCUUCAUUCAAGUGCAACCCGGCCUUAUGGACAAAGAAAGCGCAAUAAGAUAUGGUCACGGCCUCAAGUGUUUACACAUGUCAACUACAAUAAACCCGACUAUCCUGCAGCUUCUGAAAGAGCUGGAAUUUCAGUUCCGUAAAGAUCCAUCCGGCGGGUGUUACCCCUCAAAAUCAUGGAUGAACCCCAUGGGCCGCAUAUACUACAUGCUCAAGCUUGAGCGUAUCAGUAUCACCUUCGCGGAGAGUGAAUUCUACCGCUUAACUGCAGCGGGGUCUACGGAUCCUAAAGCUUUGGAAGUACAGCGGAUUCAAUACGAGAAGUUAGAGCGCUUUGCCAGAUGGUUUAUCAACCAGAUUCCGGCGUCUGUGAACCUGCGCGCGCUUGUCGAACGACAGCUGUAUCGCGACGUGGUCCUAGGCCGGUACAGUGUGUGGGUCAGCGCGCCACGAGAUCUAUGGCUAUUCUACCGGACAAUCCUGUCGCGGCCAGAUCUAUCCAGGAAGACCGAAAAUCUCGACAUCAAAGUCGUUGAUCGCAUGAUGAGUAUCGAGGUCCCCACGCUUGGUGUUGUACCACAGGGCGCGAUGUUCCCCUCUAUCAUCCGAGCAGAAAUAGAAGAAAUCCACAUCGCUUGCGCUCUUCUUUUCUGGCAAAUGACCGAGCUCAAAUGCCUUAGCUUAUCGAUUGUACGUGCCGACGAGGACGACGAUGGCAGGCCCAGGCUCAUUUCUAAGUGCUUGAGCAAACUCUUCUCCCAUUUCGAUAAUCGCACAGCACAUCUCUCGACAUUCCUCGGACUGCAAAAGCUACGAAGCCUCAAAUUCGAAGGCACCGAGUUCCAUUGGAUACUCGCCAAGUCCCCACAUCUGGAGGAGAUUGUUCUUACUCGUGCCAGCCACAUUCUGGCCGACGGAGCCUCGUCUGCGGUCAAUACUGCUGUCAAAUCUCUCAAAUUCCCGGUACAAUCCGCCGUUCUCAAUCCAGCUUGUGGUCACUAUGACGCCUUGUCUCCCUUCCUCGCGCACUUCCCUCGCUUGGAAACUCUGCGAUUGCCUUUCAACGAUGCCGACGAAGGAGUAGCCGGACCCCAUUCAAAAUUCAAUCUCGAUCGCGACGAUCAGGGUAGCUAUACUGUCUUGUUCCAGAAGCUCAUGUCAGUGGCGCCUGUCUUAACAAGGCUGGAACUGGACGCAUCCAUUCACUGCAGUGAGGAGGACACCAGCUUUCUAGACCACGUAUUACCCGGAGAUGGCUUCCUUAUGUUCAAGGCGCUCAAGCAUCUUUUGGUACCUUAUCAGUGUCUGUUCGGACGAGGUGAGCCACAAUGGGCGCAUAUCCAGCAACCGGCGGAUGAGAUGCUGCCACCAACUCUUGAGACCUUGAAGGUCCAUUUUCCAGAGCUGGCAUUCCUUGACUGGCUUACCAUAUUAUCGUACUAUCGGAAACAGCUUCCUGUGCUGGAGCGUGUUGGUAUCGCGUGUUCAAGCUGGAUCGGAGGCUCAUAUGUUGACUUUGCGUUUACUUCGUACCCGCACCCCGCGCUGGACAUCCUUUCCUCACUGGGCAUCGAUUGGAGUAUUGAUGUUCCACAGUGUUGCUGGAGGCCGACAUGGGACGACUAUGAUCUCCGGGCUUGGGAUGCAGUUGCGUGGAUGGAUAGGACUUUUGGUCCUUCGUAUCGUGGUGAGCUUUGGAUGCGACGAUCAUGGUAUGGAUCUGGCUGA